AUGCCAUUUGCUCCUUAUGUCGGUGUGAAUCAUCAUGGCCAGUCAAUACUUUUUGGUGGUGCACUAUUGGAGAAUGAGAAGCAAGAUACUUUUGAAUGGUUAUUUAAAAAUUUCUUGAAGUGCAUGUUUAACAAGUAUCCAUCAGCAAUGAUUACAGAUCAAUAUAAAGCUAUUUGCAAUGCAAUACAAAGUGUUUUUCCAAACACUCAACAUCGUUACUGUUCAUGGCAUAUUAAAAAGCAUGAGAUUGAGCAUCUUCGACCUCUAAAAGUUCAAUAUAGUGACUUUGAAGAGUUACAUAAGCAAUGGGUAAAGAGUAAUACAAUUGAUGAAUUUGAAACUCGUUGGGAAGUUUUAUGUGCUAAAUAUAAUUUUCAAAGCGGCAGUUGGAUAACGGAGAUGUAUAACCAACGCAAAUAUUGGGCUAAAGCCUACUUGAAAGAUUGUUUCUUUGCUGGCAUGACAUCAAGCGGAAGAAGCGAGAGUAUUCACUCUUUUUUUGAUGGAUUUGUAAAUUCCAAGACCAUGUUGAAUGAGUUCGUAAUACAGUAUGACAAAGCUGUUGAGGCUCGAAGGACUGCCGAAGAAGAUGAAGAUUUCAAGACCAUGAACUCCAAGCCAGUUCUUUCUUCUGUUAAUUUGAUAGAGGUAAAAGCGAGCUCACGCUACACGAGAAAGCUCUUUGAUGCAUUCAAAAAAGAAUGGACUGAGGCUACCUUCAAUUUAACUCAUGAGACCAUAAGCAAGACUUCUAAAGAAAUCGUAUAUAAGGUUGGACAAUUGGAUAUAGAUAAAAACUAUUGGAGAAAUGUUAACUUUCAUGUCUCAGAGAUAGAUGUCACAUGUUCAUGUGCAAAGUUUGAAACAUAUGGGAUAUUAUGCAAGCAUAUCUUGUAUGUCUUGAAGAAGAGACAUGUUGAAACUCUACCUGAUCAUUAUAUUUUACCCAAGGUCAAAAUAUAG